GUAGAGAUCAAAGCCUCCCGAGCCCAAGUGGAUUUCGCUGCUCUCGUUCCGCCGCCAUGAGCGACUCCAAGCCGCCGGCGUCCAAAGAUCCGACGCUCCAGCUCAGCGUGGACGACGAUAUCGCGACCGUCCAGACCACGGCGUCCACUACGAAGAAGAAGGAGGAUCUGCGCAAUGAGAGCACAGGCAUCACCGUGGGCGACUCGAUGCACACACUGUCAGAUGGCAAAACGAUCCAUUACUCGGCCGAACGAAUCAUCGGCAACGGCUCAUUCGGCGUCGUGUUCCAGGCCACAGUGGAGGAAUCGGGUGAGAUCGUGGCGAUCAAGAAAGUAUUGCAAGACAAGCGCUUCAAGAACCGAGAGUUGCAGAUAAUGCGGCAGUUGCACCACGUGAACAUUGUGCAACUUAAGCACUGCUUUUAUUGCAACGGAGAGAAGCCCGACGAGUUGUAUCUGAACCUCGUGCUCGAGUACAUCCCCGACACUGUGUAUGGCGUGGCCAGACAGCUACAGAAGGCCAAGCAGUACAUGUCUGUCGUGCUGGUGAAGCUCUACAUCUACCAGAUCUGCCGCUCGCUGGCCUAUAUCCACUCGAUGGGCAUCUGUCACCGCGAUAUCAAGCCACAGAAUUUGCUACUUGACCCCAGAUCUCACGUGGUAAAGCUCUGUGAUUUCGGAAGCGCCAAAGUGCUACAGAAGAACGAGCCCAACGUAUCGUACAUCUGUUCGCGCUACUAUCGUGCCCCGGAGCUGAUUUUCGGCGCCACGGACUACACCACAGCGAUUGACAUUUGGUCACUAGGCUGUGUGUGCGCUGAGCUGCUACUGGGCCAGCCUUUGUUCCCUGGAGAGAGCGGUGUGGAUCAGUUGGUUGAAAUUAUCAAGGUGUUGGGCACACCGCAGCGCGAGGAGAUCGAAGCUAUGAACCCGAAUUACACGGAGUUCCAGUUCCCGCAGAUCAAAGCUCAUUCCUGGAGCAAGAUCUUCCGCUCUCGAACGCCACCCGAAGCUAUAAACCUGCUGUCCAAGAUGCUGGUGUACGACCCGAAGCGACGUGCGAAACCGCUGGAGGCUGCGGCGCAUCCGUUCUUCGAUGAGCUACGGCAGAAAGAUCUCCAGCUCCCGAACGACGUGUCGGCCCCUGCGCUCUUUAAUUUCACCUUGCAAGAACUCUCGCAAGUGGAUGUUAGUACGCGCGAGAUUUUAGUACCGACUCAUGAGCGAAACUCCACCAACUGGCCGGUCUUAGAGGACGGCACGUGGCCUGAUGCGGCUGCUCACGGGACGUCCUAAACGCUUGCACACCCGAGCAAGACAUGAAAGGCCCGAUGGAAGACAGCAAUCAAGUUGACCGAGGGUGAAACAAAAUGUAUCUUGCUUGUAUCUUU